GCACCUUUUGGCAAGCUUGUAAACCGGGUUAUCACAAGUAGUUGAACGUAGUUGACGGCGAAGAAAACGACUCUUGGUCAAUAUUGUGAAAACAGAAUAGUAAUGGCAAAUUACAGUUCGCAAACACCGUCUUUCUCGCAGUUUGGCCGGCUGGUGAAUGGCCAAUCGGUUGACAGUGGGUAUAAUCCGGCAAUGACCAUUAGUACGGGUUCAUCAAUUGAAACGCCGUCAAUACAUAAUCCGAUGACGACAGCCUAUCGGGUUCAAGAGUUAGAAGAACAAAUGGAGAAACAGAAUGAAAUAUUAUCGGAACAAGAUAACAUUAUAAGGAAUCAGGCAGCCAUUAUCAAACAUCAACAAGAAAAGAUCCGGAUGUUCGAGGAAAAUCCCAGGACGGCGACGGAAAUGGAAACGAAAAUCGGAAUAACGAUGAAUGUGCAGCCUAACCCCCAAAGAAAACCGAAUAAAGCUCAGUCUAUUAUAAUUUGUCCGCUGUGCAACGACUACAUUGUGGAAUUUGCCAUACUGCGGGAGCAUAUUGAAAAAUGUAUCAGACAGUUUAAUUGAUGAAUCUUGGAUUCAUUACACAUACACAUUCAAUGACAAGCGGAUAUUAUAAAGCACAUAAAUCUAUCCAUCAGUAAAUUAA